AGAGCUGUCAUGUGCACUGGUAAGUGUUCAAAGUGCAUUGGGAUCACCCUGUUCCCGCUGGCGGCAUGUGCCAUAGUCUCCAACAUCCUCCUGUACUUCCCCAGUGGACGAGUUCUGCAGCUCAGCGAGAUAACCGAUCUGGUCUGGUUCUUCCAUGGCAUUCUGGGAGCUGGGAUACUGGUUAUUUUGCCAGCAUUCAUGAUGCUGGGAGCAGGCGGCGCCGGGUGUUGCGCUAACAGAUGUGGGAUCCUGCUGUCAGUGGUUCUGGCUGUCCUUGGAUUUGUGGGAGGAGUGUACUGUGCAGUCAUCUCCUCACUGGGGCUGAUUUGGGGCCCUCUUUGCGACACGGGUGAUGGAGAAUAUCUCUACCCUUUCAGGAAUGACACUCUGGAAGACAAUUAUUUGUUCAAGCAGACAACAUGGAGCAUUUGCAAAGAACCUGAAAACAUCGUCCUUUGGAAUAUUGUCCUUUUCUCUAUUCUCCUGGCCAUCGGUGUGAUUGAAGCUAUUCUUUGUUUUAUUCAAGUCAUCAAUAGACUUACUGGCUGCAUAUGUGGCACAUGUAUGAGGAAAAGAAAGACAAAUAUUUCCGGAAUGUGAAGGACCUACAGGAGAUGCAAAGACGAGCCCUGAGCUGCCAAUUCACAUAAAAUAAGAAUGGUGCACUGUGCUGUAUUUAUGGAAGGGUGACGAAGAAAACCCAAAAUGUUUAGGAGUUUCAUGGGGCAAAAUGAAUUUUUUACAAAGAAGUCAGGAUGGAAAAGGGCUCGAUCAUUUAGAUCUGAGACUCCAAAUUUUCAUCUCUCUAAAUAUUCCUGCUAAAUCGCAGGUACUG